CGCCAGCGUAUCAUCGAGAGACUGGUUCGGUCUGGUCGCGUGGGCAGUUUAUAAGAGUGUGCACACAUACCCUGUCUCGAUGUUAGUUUCGUCGGACAGCGGGACAGCCUGCGCAGUAAAUCCAAUACUGCACUAUAGAAUGAUCCCAAACAUACCAAUUCGCACCUGCGCUUGCAUGCGCUUAAGCUUCUCGGUAUCCAUGUUGCUUGUGUCUUUUGUCGUGGACGAUUCGGACACGAUCGGGAAAACGAGAUUGCUCGUGAUUGUGGUCUGUCCUAGCUUAAUGUAGGACAAUCGAACUGUUACAGGCUGCGGUGGUGAGCUGGAGUUGGUGAAUUGACGUCGGACGCAAUCAAGUUGUCGUGCUGUGCUGCCAGACUGCGAGCGCAGUGUGAAUAUAGGUCUUGGCGGCAAUGGCCCUAAUUGGAGUGACUGCCAGUGCAAUGUGGAUGCGGGAGAAUGACGCCGUCAGACCGUGAAGUGACCGCAACCUCGGCGGGGCAUUCAGUGCGUGACAUACGAACAGUCUCAGGUACAGUUUACUACUAGAGGUAGUAUCUGGAGACGUUCUCCAACACUAUGUUUCCGCAGUCUCCCCGGAUCUCUUUGGGCGUCUUUUACAGUUGAAUCAUUUGCUUUUCUUCGAGCGAACUUGUUUUCAGUCUUUCGCUUAACCGAACGUCAGGAUGGCGGGACGUCAAGCGCUGGUGGUGCCUGCGCUCAAGAAGCACACGGCAACCGUGAUUAUGGCUCAUGGACUGGGAGACAGCGGCGCAGGAUGGGUGUCUCUCGCGGAGAACUGGCGACGACGGGGCAAGUUUGAGGACGUCAAGUUUGUCUUUCCCAAUGCGCCGACGAUUCCGAUCACAGUAAACUUUGGCAUGGCAAUGCCCGGUUGGUACGAUAUCCUUGACUUCUCGGAGCUUAGGCAACAACACGACGAACCGGGCAUCCUCCGCAGCCGAGCGACCUUCACCAAACUCAUUACAGAUGAAAUCGCGGCCGGCAUCCCUUCGAACCGAAUCAUUCUAGGUGGCUUCUCUCAAGGCGGCGCCAUGUCCAUAUUUACAGGUGUCACGACGCCUCAUAAACUCGGGGGCGUUUUCGGACUCAGUUGUUAUUUAUUGCUCGGGGAUAAAAUUAAAGAAUAUGCCAAGGAAGCCAAUGGAGCCAACAAGGACACCCCGUUUUUCAUGGGCCAUGGCGACGCCGAUGAAGUGGUCAAGUAUAGAUGGGGGGUGCAGACAGCCGAGUUCCUGAGAAACGAGCUGGGGCAUAAGGUCGAGUUCAAGACAUACAAGGGUCUCCCGCACUCAGCGGACAUGCAGGAAAUUGACGAUCUGGAGGUGUUUAUCAAAGACUGUCUAAAACCCACAGAGUCUGCCCUCUGACUGCCAGUGGCGGAAGGUGGAGGUGGAGUUGAAGUUGAACACCGCGGUCACUCCGCCUCCACCUCCACCAUAUUUGGUAUCUUGUUGGUUUUCAUGGCGUGUUUUGUUUUGUGUCAGUCUUGGCGUCGGAUCAAAAGGGCAAGAUAAGCAUAGAUCAGCCGGUGGAUGUCUGAACAGUAGAAAGGAUUUUUGAUUCUAAAGACUAGCUUCUUGUCCUCAUGUGUUAUCUUUUCUUUCCUUCGUCUCGCUCAUGCAGCUCCCUCUUUUCGUUGGCCGGUAUAGAACGCCAACCCGUAUGAAUUUGUUGUGAAUGUG